AUGUCCAGACGGCGUUAUCACGAGGCGUUCUUUGAUGAUGAUGAUACUUUCUCAUCAAAGAAAGGCCGCCCUGAUAGGGAUACUGUUGAAUCUUUGCUUUACCGGAUAGGCAGCAAGGAUACUGAAAAAAUUCAAAGGGAUAUAAGCGAACUUAGUCUUCUUGUGUGCAAUGAAUUGACGAAGAAUCCCGAACACUACGCUCGAAUUUUUGCUUCAUGGAAAAGAAGAACCUUGCAUGUACGAAUGUUGAGAGUUUGGGAUUCCGAUGAUCCGCAUCCACAAGAAGACUAUCUGUCCUGCCUUUGGGCUCAGAUUUCUUCAAUGCGAUCAGCCGGCUGGAAGGAGCAUGUGUUGUCGAAAAUAAGCGACGCAUUUCCUGCUCUCAAAGAGUCUGGGCAGUCCUGUAAAUUUUCUCAAGUAAGGAUAUCUUGCACGUUCGUUUUUCGGAUGUUUGACUACACUGACGUGUACUCUGCUGAGGACGAAGACACGGAGCAGGACAACCAGGCGUCAGGCAAGAAAGCUGAAAAUUCUGCGGCCACUUUGCCUGGAGCGCACACGGUUGAGCGGUUUCUCAUUGAUGAAAAACUGCACAUCAUCCUGGAGACCAUGAAUUUUAAUAAGACUCGCGCUCGUGUCGCACUGGACUACAUGAUUGUGGAGGCCAUUUUUGCAGACAUAUUUCGGCUACCAAAGCCACCAGUGCGCCACGGAAAUUUGCUCUUCUAUGCUUCUCUCCUCAUCCAGCUCUGCAAUGAGGCUUCAAACACCAUGCCUCUUGUGCUUGCACAGGCGGCGGAAACCCUUUUUGAUCGGCUGGACACCAUGAAGCCGCUCGAAAGAGAGGUUAAUUCUAUUCAUUACUUUUCUAGGUUUGUGGAAUGGUUCUCUUUUCAUCUCACCAAUUAUCAGCUCCAGUGGAGUUGGCAGGACUGGUCAAGAGCUCUCUCAGAGCCUCUCAUGUCUCCUCGGCGUUGGCUCAUCUCGGAGACACUGCGGCGUCUUAUCCGGUUAGUUACAGUCCCCAUUUUCCAGAAAAGUGUCCUCCAGUAUACGAACGGUUUUCACGAUUUUCAGUCCCUUAGAUGUCUGUUUCUCCCGGUUCGCGGUUGGAAGCAUCUGCCACUCAUUAGUCCGGCGUCGAUUGACCCGUGGAAGUUGAGUCGUAUAUCGCAUAUGAAAUUUCCGGCUCAGUUGCUUUGGCAGUUAGAUCGUCUACCAUCCGCCGUUUCGUGUUUGACCUCGCCAGCUUGCCCACGCGUUGCUUUUGAAUUACCAGCGUCUGAGAAGGGCUACCUUGUGCACGCUUUUCCCGACUUCAGACCUGAUAUUAGUUAUUUGAAGCAAUUAGCUCGCAUUUGCCUCUCACACAGAUCAGUUACCAUGCCCGGAUCCACACUCACGUAA